AUGUCAACAACAAUUGCCACUACGGCCACCACCACAACCAAAACCCUGGAUUUACCAUCGCUUUCCUUAAUAGCAGCCCAUUCCCACAUCUCAGGUUUAGGGCUCGAUGAAACCACCCUCCUUCCCAAAGAAUCCCAUCAAGGGAUGGUUGGACAACUCCAGGCGCGUAAAGCCAUGGGAGUGAUUCUCAAAAUGGUCCAAGCCGGAAAAAUCGCCGGUAGGGGAGUUCUCGUCGCCGGCCCUCCACUGACCGGUAAAACCGCCAUUGCGAUGGGAUUGGCCCAGAGUCUUGGCCCCGAGGUCCCAUUUACGGCAUUAGCUGCCAGUGAAGUAUUCUCAUUGGAAUUAUCAAAGACUGAAUCGUUGACUCAGGCAUUCAGGAAGAGUAUUGGGGUUCGAAUCAGAGAAGAGACGGAGAUGAUUGAAGGAGAAGUGGUUGAGAUUCAGAUUGAUAGAAGUAUUACUGGGGGACAUAAACAGGGAAAAUUAACUAUUAAGACGACUGAUAUGGAGACGAUUUAUGAAUUGGGACAAAAGAUGAUUGAAGGGUUGACUAAGGAAAAAGUAUUGGCUGGUGAUGUGAUUUCGAUUGAUAAAGCCCUGGGAAAGAUUAGCAAAUUGGGGAAAAGUUUUACAAGGGCUAGGGAUUAUGAUGCAAUGGGUCCCGAGACUAAGUUUGUUCAAUGUCCUGAAGGGGAAUUACAAAAGAGAAAAGAAGUUGUUCAUACUGUUUCAUUACAUGAGAUUGAUGUUAUAAAUUCUAGACAACAAGGGUUUUUGGCCUUGUUUAGUGGUGAUACUGGAGAGAUUAGACAAGAGGUUAGAGAUCAAAUUAAUACCAAAGUAGCUGAAUGGAAAGAAGAAGGUAAGGCUGAGAUUGUACCUGGUGUUUUGUUUAUUGAUGAGGUUCAUAUGUUGGAUAUUGAAUGUUUUUCAUUUAUUAAUCGUGCAUUAGAAGAUGAUUUUGCCCCUAUUGUAAUUAUGGCUACAAAUAGAGGAUAUUCAAGAACUAGAGGUACUAAUUAUAAAUCCCCACAUGGAUUACCUAUGGAUUUAUUAGAUCGUUCAAUUAUUAUUCAUACUAGUUCAUAUUCCGCCGAUGAAAUUAGAACAAUUCUUUCAAUUAGAGCUCAAGAAGAAGAAGUUGAAUUGACUGGAGAUGCAUUGGCCCUUUUGACUAAGAUUGGACAAGAAACUAGUUUAAGAUAUGCUAGUAAUUUAAUUUCUGUAUCUCAACAAAUCGCUAUGAAAAAGAGAAAUGCAAGUGUUGAAUUACAAGAUAUUAAACGUGCUUAUAUGUUAUUUUUAGAUUCUGAUAGAUCGGUACAAUAUUUACAAGAAAAUUCUUCACAAUAUAUUGAUGAUUCUGGUAAUGUUACCUUUGGAAGUGAGGUAAAGACAGAGCAACCCCCAGCAGAACAACCCGCUGUUGAGCAACCUCCAGUUGAAGACGAUAAGAUGGAAACUGAUUGA